AUGGUACUGGAGGUGUGGUGGACAGCGAGGGAGUGGCCGGACUGGCUGCCCAACAUCCAGCAGAGUGAGGAGGCCCCGCGCCCAGGGGACCCCCCAAAUGGCUGGCAAUGCCUGCCGGCCGACGUGAUCCACAGGAUCCUGCACGUUUACAAACGGGAGCUGGGCUCCCGCGUGGUGAGGCCCGCUUGCAGGAUCCUGGGCCAGGUCAACAAACACUGGCACGGGGCGCUCAACGCCGAAGUCACCAGCUUGCAGCUGCGCGCGGGUAUCCCCCCAGGGGACAUCUCCCGCCUGAUGCGGCGGUUCAAGUACCUGGAGAGGCUCCGCCUGCAGCAGUGUGACCAGGCCUGCCUGGCGGCCAUAUGCGCCCACCCGCACUCGCACAUGAGGGUGGUGGACCUGCAGGGCUGCCAGGAGGUCACAGACGAGGGGCUGCUGCGGAUCGGCGGCCUGGGCCGGCUGCAGCACCUGGACCUCACCAACUGCGUGCAGGUGUCCGACGACGGGCUGCAGGCGCUCACCAGCCUGACCUCCCUCAGGUUCCUCAACCUGAGGGUAAGCUGGUCUGGCAAGACGGCUGCCCCCGUUGCUGCCUGCCUGCGGGCCUUCACGCCCAGGGGGUUCUCCGCCCUGGGCCGGCUACCCUCCCUCACGGAGCUCAGCCUCAAGGGGCGCAGGGAGGUGGACGAUGACAUGCUGCUGGAGCUGGCGGAGCUCAGUGCACUGGCCAGCCUGAAGCUCAGCACCACGAACAUCACUGACAGACACUGCCCCGGUGCCUCGUGA